AUGUCAUUUUCUAGUAGAGAUGACCUCCGAAUUCCUUUCAAUGAGACAGCGAAAGACCUCUUCUUGAUAUUCCAGCGAGGCUGGUUCAGGCGCAUAUGGGUUAUCCAUGAGGUCUCCGUCUGCCGCAAGGCAACUGUGGUCUGUGGACCUCUCACCAUUGACUUGGAAGACCUGAGCGCGGCCCUCUUUGCCGUGGCAGUGCUAGGCAAGGUUAUAGAUGGGCCCUGGAGGAAGACCUCCUAUGCGAUUUUCGAACAGCGAAAAGAGUUCGAUGAGACGAAACGACCUCAUCUCUCGCAGCUUAUUGACAAAAUAUAUGCUGUGCUCGGUCUAGCAGACGAGGCAUCACAACAUCAGGUCACGAUCAGCUACGACACCACCACUCAAGAUGUUUAUCAAAAGGUUGCGUUAUCGUGCCUUGCUUAUGACCAGAGUCUGUCAAUCCUCGGCUCCGUAGAAGCUGUGUCCGCUUCAAAAUCAACUAGUCUUCCGUCCUGGGUCCCGGAUUGGAGUGUCCCUCGAACGGCAUACACUUUAACUUUCCACAACGAAUUCAGCUCCACACGCGCAACAUACAUGGCUGCCAGAGCGUCUCAGUAUGCAUGGAAGCAGCCCAAGAGUAAUCGUGGGCUCGUUCUAACAGGCUUCCAGUUAGACCGCAUAAUCGUCGUAGGGUAUGCGGACAAACACAGCAUCGCUGCCACCGACUUCACAAAGCGCCAGUAUCUUGAUAUUGGGCGCGCAAAGCUGCUCUGGCAACUAAGUUGCGAGCGAGUCGCCGGUGUACGCUCCAAGAAGCAGAAUUAUGUCACUGGCGAAGACAUGUUCGAUGCAUACUGGCAGACACUCUGCGCGGGGUGCACAUUGGAGACUUUUAAUACAAGAUUCAUCUUUCCACGAUUCGGCAUCAGACCUCCAGUCGAAUGGAAGGGAUUCAGUGACAGAAUGGUUUUUGCAAUGGGCAAGUGUAUGGCAAGGACGUCAAAAGGCUCCAUCGGGCUGGUCCCUGCAACAACUCAGCCAGGCGACUGUGUCUGGUUGUGA